AAAGGAGGUAGGGGUGGAAGGGGGCCAAGAACGCCGCAGAUCCGAGUUCAGGCCGAUCACGGCUGGGUCCCUUUCUCGCCUACUUUCUAAAUACUGCCUCCCACCCCCACCCCACCCCGUGCUCCUUUUAGUAGAGAGAAGUGGCGGGCUUCGGGUGGGUUGGGGUGAGGGGAGUGAAUGGCGUUUCCAGGGACUCCGAGGAAAGAAAGGUUCCACAAUCGGGGUUCCAGUGUCCCGGGUGCUGGUCCGUCUACCAAGCACUCCGUCUCCUCGGUCCCUUGUCUGUUUGCAGGAUCGUAGGUCUGCUGGCCUGUAAGUCUCGGCGCAAGUCUAAGCUAGAGAAGGAGAAAACUGCCUUGGUUGGAACCUUGCAGACUCUAUCUGUCUAUCACCGUGGAAGGACCACUGACAACAGAAGGCAAGGGAAAACGAAGAAAUUUACCCGACUUUGGUAGAGGAAGAGAAAUGUGGAAUCCUGAGGGUCGAUAGAGGAAGAUAGAAAAGAACAAAGAAACUGUUUCCUGUUAAUCUGCCUUUCUCACCAACAACUGGAAAUCCGGCCUCUCUGUGAUGCAGAAAGCCAAACAUAGCUCCGAGCCUUAAUACUCUAUUUCACCCAUAGAUUCAUCACAAAAGAGCUACAGGAGCCUGGAAUAAGCUGAAGACUGCUACCCUCCAUCAUUACUCAUCCUGGACCUAAGAGACCCCUUCAAUCAGGUGGAGCAAGGCCCUCUCCUGUCCUGCCCCAAGGCUGGAACUGACUUGAGCAUGGGCCGGGCUCGGGAAGUGGGUUGGAUGGCGGCAGGACUGAUGAUUGGGGCUGGUGCCUGCUACUGUGUUUACAAAUUAACCAUAGGAAGAGAUGACAGUGACAAGCUGGAGGAGGAGGAGGAAGAGGACUGGGAUGAUGACCAGGAGCUGGAUGAGGAGGAGCCUGAUGUUUGGUUUGAUUUUGAAACUAUGGCUCGGCCCUGGAGUGAGGAUGGGGAUUGGACUGAACCUGGGGACCCAGGUGGCACUGAGGACAGGCCCUCAGGGGGAGGAAAGGCCAACCGAGCACACCCAAUAAAACAGCGGCCCUUCCCCUAUGAACAUAAAAAUACUUGGAGUGCUCAAAACUGCAAAAAUGGCGGUUGUGUUCUUGACCUCUCCAAGUGUCUUUUCAUUCAGGGAAAACUGUUGUUUGCCGAGAUCAAGGAGGAGGCGUUUCCCUUUAGCCAGAAUAUCAACAGCCAUUUGGCCAGCCUCUCAAUGGUCAGACACACGAUCCCCACUCCAGACCCCGCGGUUAGAGAGGCUUUGUGUGCCCCAGAUAACUUAAAUGCCAGUAUUGAAAGUCAGGGCCAGAUUAAGAUGUACAUCGAUGAAGUGUGUCGGGAGACUGUGUCACGUUGCUGCAACUCAUUUCUGCAGCAGGCCGCAUUAAAUUUGUUAAUAAGCAUGACAGUUAUUAAUAACAUGCUUGCCAAGUCCGUUUCAGACUUGAAGUUUCCUUUGAUAUCAGAGGAAAGUGGAUGUGCUAAGGUUCAGGUUUUGAGACCGCUGAUGGGUUUGUCUGAAAAGCCAGUCUUGGCGGGGGAGUUAGUCGGUGCCCAGAUGCUCUUCUCAUUCAUGUCCCUCUUUAUCAGAAAUGGAAACAGAGAGAUUCUCCUGGAAACCCCUGCCCUAUAAAGGGCCCUCUCGAACACAAUGGGACCGAUUCCACUCAAAACGCGCUUGGUUUGCAGAUGUCAAAGAAUCUGCAGAGGGUGUCACUGAAGAUCCAGCCUUAGCCAAUCACCGCCUCAUUGGGUGAAAGUUCCAGCGCUCAAUCCAGGACCACGCUCUUAUUGGCCAGGCAGGGGCUCCCACAGAGCUUUGAGUAACUUCUUGGUUGUGCAGGCUGCAGGCAAUGUUGGCAUUGUAAAUUCCUCCCGGCAGCCUCCUUCACGAGGUGAGGGGAUCACUUCGGCUGCCUGCUGUGGACAAAGAACAUCAAAUUACAGCAUCACGAGUGCUAUUGUUGCCUGUGGUGGUCUCCCUGCCCAAGCGGGACCGCUUUGCAGAGACCAGACGCGUACCGCAGCUUGAGCUAACAAUGCAUUUGUUGCAGCUUAGGUUGAAUUAUUUUUCGUUUACCCUUUCUUCUACACGCGCCUGAUGAAUGGUGAACCUAAUCAUCAAAAAAGUGUACUGCUCUUCUGUCUAUUGUACCGACUUAACCUCUUCCACCCAAGCCCGCAUCUGUGUGUAUCAUCAAUAAAGUUGUGUGCUUUGAUUGGCA